AUGCACAAGUACUUUCUCAACACAACCGUUGCUAAUGUUUACAAUAAGGUGAAAAAUGUGAUCGAAACACUAAAUGUUUAUAAACAACAACGUCUACUUAAUGGCAAGGCGAUGAAACAAUAUUUGAACAGUUGUAUGAUUGCGUUAGAGACAACAUUCGGCAAGGCAAUACAAAUAGAGCAAAAUCGGCUUCCAGAUAUUCUGUUGCAUUUUUCUCGUCCCACACGAACGUCACCGGAUGCAGUUUAUCGCUUCAAUACGAUUGAUUACUUAUCUCCGACAAGCACUUUCGGCGUUACUAGCUUGCUAGGCGGUAAACGAUGCACAAUUCUCCCGAGAUCACUAAAUUGCCGUCAUUCCUGUCCGGAUCAAUGCGGUUGUGUCCACGCAAAGUUGGACUACGUUAUGGUAAUCGAGCCUGAACCAAAUGGUAAUUUCUCAUCACCGCAAGGGUACACGGAGGCGAAUCACACUGGAAAAGCUGCAAACCUUCAGCGGACUGAUUUCCAAAUAGGACCCUUGGAGGUUGACUGUAAGAUUCACGUACACCAGGGACGAUUUUUCAGCACGCACGAUGAGAAUCAACUGUCUAAUGUAAAACUGAGUGUUCUCUUCGAAAACUAUGAAGCCACAUUUUCACCGAUAGCCAAUACUCUGUCACCCAUUUGGAACGAAACUGCAGAGAUGCACAAUGUGCCUUUCGCUACGGUGAUAAACGAGCUCAACCCAAAAGCAGCUCAAAAGUGCACACUUGCUCUGGUUCUUCACAAUAACUCAACACACAAAUCCCUUCGUGCUUUGGGAUUUUUAGAAUCUUCGGUAACCUGGAGCCAGGGCGCUAACCUUCAGACCGAAGAAGAUGAAGUUAAUGUGCAUCGCUUCAACACGGUUUUGCGCUGGGUUCCGAUGUAUAACGAUGGCGUUCGAGUGGCGGAAAUACUCAUGUCUUCGAACAUUUUGAAGGUGCAAUCGACGGAGAGAACAGUUGGUGUCGAAUGUUUUCUGGUGCAAAGUUUGCCGCAGGAAAUUGCUCCUCAGCUUUGUGUCUUCACUAUGCGCGUGUGCUUCAUAGGACUUCGCCAAAUCUAUCGUAAACCAUGUGCCAUGUUCAAAAGAAUGCGUGUCCUUGUAACGGUUGGAAAUGGAACCGUAACAAGCGGCUACUCGGGAUUAAUUCACGGGCACAGUGUCAACUUUCCAGAUGGUUGUGAAACCACCUGUCUGAAUCUUCCGCUUGAAACACACUACUGGCCAUCGGUUAUUAUAAAACUUAUAGACUAUUCUGAUACCAAAAGACCAACAGUUGUCAGCAUAGCUAUCGUUACGGAUCCAGAGAUGUUCCUGGAAACCACUCAACCACCGGCCAGGAUUGAUGCGAUGGAACAGCCUGCAAUAAUUGAUGUUACCCCAAUCCCUACCGCUGGCCCUGAUCGUGCUGGGACCAGUUGGGUAACAACUUUGCCAAACAUCGCCACUAUGAUAGCAUCAAAAGUAAACGCAUACAAACCGAAAACAACUACAAAAUCAGCCCGCAAACACCGCCGGAGAACUAGCACUAAUACGCAUACUUGGUGGACGAAAUUCUACUCCAGCUUACAGGAUGGCAAUCAAGCCCUAACGGUGUAUGAUAGAGAACUGGAAAGCGUUACAAAAUUUAGUGGAUUUAAGGAUUGGAGUGGGACAUACUCAUUGUAUAAAGCUAGACGCACCAAUGACUCGCUACUUCAAAACGACCUGUUUGGUUUCGUCAAGUGCAGAAUUUCUAUAGUCCCCGAAGAUUUGGCACCAUUAACGACAUCUGUAAGUUUCAAGUCAUCUUCGCCGGGUGCUUCGCAUGGUGCCAAUGUAGUCGUCGUGGUUUACGUUGUUCAAGCACUGAACCUAGCAUCGCGAGAUGUGUCAUCAGAAUCGGAUGCUUACAUUGUUCUCACGUACGGUAAGCGAUGUGUGCGGGACCGGUCAUACUAUAUUCCCAAUCAAUCGUCGCCGGUGUUUGGCAGACGGUUCGAGCUACAUGGUGAAUUUCCAAGGGAUCAAAUGUUACAGCUGUCUAUUUACGAUCGCGACUUUGCAUCGCCCGAUGACCUCAUAGGAAGCACCUUCAUUGACAUUGAGGAUCGAUUUCGCAGCAAGCACCGGCCAGGAUUCGGGUUACCGAAAGUGUACACUACUCAGGGUUACAAUCAGUGGCGCCAUUUACUAAAACCGUCCCAAAUGCUGCAACGGUUACUGCAGGACCAUCGUCUUCCGUUUGCUCCCCGAAUUGAAGGAUCCAAAAUUAUGGUCGGUUCUGCUGAGUUUGUAGCCGACGAGAUCGAUCCGGACGAAAGUCAAUCGGAGCAGCUGUGCCUGCUGGCGUUGAACAAUUUUGAACAUAUUGCCGGGGGCUGCUCGCUCACACCGGAGCACGUGGAAACGCGUUCGUUGUACCACCCGAAACGGGGCGGAAUCGAACAGGGCAAAGUUCAGCUGUGGGUCGAGAUUUACGAACCUGAUCUACCACACCCGAGGCCACUUGAUAUCACACCGCAACCCCCCAGGCCUUAUGAACUUCGUCUUAUUGUCUGGAACACGGCCGACGUGGUGUUAAACGAGCGUAACAUUUUCGGGACCGAAAUGAGUGAUAUCUACGUUAAAUGCUGGCUGCAGGAGUUCACGGAAGCCCAGUCCACGGACGUUCAUUACCGGUCGCUCACCGGCGAGGGAAACUUUAACUGGCGCAUGAUAUUUCCGUUCCACUAUUCGCCCGCCGAUGCCACGAUUGUAAUCCGACGCAAAAAGGCGUUCUACGAGCGAUUCGAUACCGAGACCAAAUAUCCACCGGUGUUGACCGUGCAAAUUUGGGAUAAUGACUCCUUUUCGGCGGAUGAUUUUCUUGGCACGCUGGAGCUGAAUCUGUCCCGCCUGCCGCCAUCGGCCAGUAGCGCCGAUAGGUGCAAACUGUAUGCGAGCUUAGAGGCGAACAAUCAGCGUUUCAUUAACCUCUUCGAGCUGCACCGCAUUAGAGGCUGGUUUCCAGUGCAUGGACGCAGCACGAAGCGGAAGGACGAGAACUCAGAGCGAACGAACGACAUAGUAUUGACGGGCAAGAUUGAGUUAGAAUUAGAAGUGCUAAGCCAGCUGGCUGCCGGGCAGAGUCCGGUCGGUAUGGGCAGGAAUCCACCGCACCAUCUUCCCGAACCUCUCCGCCCGGAAGUGUCCUUCAACUGGUUACAUCAACCAAGGAAAACACUCAAGAAACUUCUAUGGCCACGUGUACGAAAGUCGGUUGUCUACUUUGGCGCUGUUGUUGUGGUAUGUUUGCUCAUUUAUGGCAUCGUCGUGAAUGCACCAGCCCUCUUCUUGCGACGAAGCUCAACGGUGGUUUUAAGUGGAGCUAGUUCUUCCGUUGGGAAUUAG